CCAGAAAAUGGCGGUGGCGUUGUUGACAUGAGAAAAUCCCUUCGCUUCGGGCAUUUUUUCGGUGGAGGGGGCGGUCCAGUACCUAUAUCCUGGACCAAAGACUACAAACCUGACUACCCGCCACCAUGGAGGACGCCCACAGGAGUCUCCACCGUCAGCUUUUCGAGACGAUCAACAAAGAGAUGGAUGACGACGACUUCCGCCAGUUCCGGUCCAUCGCGCAGGGGAAGGGCCUGAGACCAGGCGAGGCCUCCAAGUGUAACACUCCAUCAGACGUACUGGACAAACUACAGAGGAAGGGCAAGAUAAAGCUGGGGUGCUACCAAGCACUGAAGGACAUCUUCACAGAGAUGGAUCAGCAAGGGUUGAUUGACCUGGUGACUGAAACUGAGACCAAACUGGAGGAAAGAGGCUGUGAGAUCAGUGACGAGAUUCCACAACCUUACGACAGCCUCAAGCGGCAGGGCAGCCACCCAGUGGAGUCAGAGGCCGCGAAACGACGGAGGUCGUGGGGACAAACGUCCUCGUCCUCCCUGGACAGCAACCCCAGCUUCGAGCGGCAGAUCAGCCCGACUGGAGAGCGACGGAGGGGGUCAUCGACCUACCAGCAGUCGAUGGUUUCCUUCGAUAGUUCUGUGUCCCCAAGGCAUCCACUGCGGAGGCAGUCGAGCAGCCGGUCUCUGCCAAGGUCGCCCCAGUCUAGCUUUGAACUUGAGGACAAUGACGCCACAAGGGAUCCUGUGAUUCUGGAGGACAGGGAGGACUGCUACAAGCCAGGCAAGGGAUUCGUCCUCAUCAUGAACAACUUCUCAACUGAACGGGAAGCUUCCAAAAUGGACGUGGAAGGUCUUGAAGACUUCUUCCAAAAGAUUGGAUACAAGGUCAUCACUGCUGAUGAAGACCAGACUAAGGAACAAAUGAUGGACGUCCUGGAGAUGGCCAAGCUGGAAAUACAGAAGACUGCAAGGGGCAAAAACAAGUAUUCCUGCUUCAUCUGUAUCGUGUCCAGCCAUGGAGACAAGGAAGGAGUGAAGUCCUACGAUAACCAGACCGUCUCCAUCGCUGAGCUGCAGGCACCUUUUCUGGGGGACAGUCUGAAAUGCAUGGCAGGGAGUCCCAAGAUGUUCAUCAUCCAGGCCUGUCGCGGGGAAAAGAAGCAGCCAGGCGUGGACCGGCCUGAUGAGGAACCUGGGGACGAGAGGCAGCUGGACUGGUCUGACGUCAUGAGGUCCGUCACCACGCCCAAGGACGCGGACGUUCUGGUUGCCUACGCCACGACGGAAGGUUUCCAGGCCUUUCGCCGUGUUGGAGAGGGCUCGUGGUUCUUGUCGAAGAUGCUGAAGGUCUUCAACGCGAAGCACCAAACCGACCACCUGUUGGACAUGCUGACAGAGGUCAACGACCGGGUGUCCCACCGAACGGCGAUCGGCUCACAACCCGCCAAGCAGAUGCCGUGCCAGGUCUCAACUUUCACCAGGAAGUUCUUCUUCUAACACCUGACCAACAACAUAUCCCUUUUGUAUCCACACCCGCUGUGUACAUAUACAUACUCAGGCACGGUUCUGGAUAGUUCACACGCUUAUCCACAAUCGUGCUUGAUCCAUAACAUACUCAUGCUUGGUUCCAGAUAACCGUGCUUUAUCCAUAACCGUGUUCAGGCAAGGUCCUGGAUAGUCCACGCGUAUCCGGAUCUGUGCCUGGUGCAAAUCUUCGUCCCUGGAUACGCGGAGGCUAUCCAGAACCAUGCCUGAUCCUAACCCUAGGCCUAACCCAGCUAAGGCACGGUUCUGGAAACGAUAAACCCACAGCAUAUCUCCACAGACAUAACAAGAAGUUUUUCUUCUAAGAAAAGAAGGUUUACCAUAUGAAAUCUAACGAUCGAAUUUUGAUGACUUCUGUGACAUUCCUCACGUUUACUAGGAGGUGCUUUGUCGUUGCAGUUUAUAAUUUGCAGUAUGGCAAUGGCAGAUUUACUGAUCAAAAUAUAAACUCUUUUCUUUACCAGUAUUUUUUCUCAGGUAUUUUGAUUAGGAAAUUCCACCUGCCACCUUUAAAAAAUAGGAAUUGUUAUGAAUCCCUUUGUACUUAUCCUCUAACUUAACUCUAUCCACAUAAACAGUGAUCACAGGAAAGAAAUUCUGAUGCCAAUGUGCUCUCAUUUAAACACUAGCUACUAGAUACUUUAGUAGCUUUUUCAAUGAUACAUUUUCUGCUCAAAAAUCAUUUGAUCAAUAAUUAGAAUUAAAAGAAAGAAAACGAGAAAAUUUCACCAUGCUAAUGUUCAAGUCUAAUGAAAAAAAGUUGUAGUGUAUUUUUUUCUAAACAAACUUAACAGUAUUGGCCAGACUGUUUAGACAGUGGAGUACACUGCCCGUAUGUGAUUGAACACUAAAUAUCUGUUCCUUCCAGUAUGUCGUGUGUUGUUGUCAUUAACUAUCUAUUUCGGUGUCAUUUGAAAUGCUAUCACAGAGCAGAAUUUAGGAGAGAUAAUGGUGUUAUUUAAUGCUAAGUUUUAAACAUAUUUAAAACAUUCCAAUACUUAAACGUUUUGAUUUUUUAUAUUAACCAAGACCUUGCAUUGAUUGUAAUGUGUGACUACCUAUGUAUUUUAAUAUAUCAGUAGGUUACAUUCAUACCUAGGCAUGAAUUUAUAUUCAGGAGUGGCAUGCUUGUUUUAUACUUUUGUAGGUAGACUAGGAUCUUACUCUUUGUCUUUUUAAUUAUAAUUUAAAGUUGUAGAAAUCAAAUAUCGCUGAAUGGUUACUUUAUGCACAGUUUCUAUUUUUACUUGUGAUCAUCAUAUAUAUUAUGUCCCACCAUAAUGUCGAGUGGUAAAUUAUUCCAAUAACUCACCACCAGUUGUCGCACUUACUAUGACGUUAUGACGCCAUAUCCAAUAUAAAAGACACGUUCGAUCUAUUUCCCAACGAUUGUAUUAAUAGGACACCUUGGAACAAACAUUUCCUAGAAUUCAAUCUCUUUUCCAAAUUGUCUGGAAAAUUUCACAAAAAACGUUUCAAGUUAUUUUGCUUGCAAGAUAACUUUGGUGAUAACACAACCUUUUUCUCAUUCAUAUCUAUAUAUGGCUAAUGAGAUUAAGGCAAGACAUCGACGUCACUUGUGUACAGUAUCAACACCUGUAUUGAGAUUUUUGAGAGUUGAUUUUUGGGUUUGUCAUGAUAUACCAAUAUUUUUCUUCCAUAUUUACCUGUUUGUGUCCUUGUUUGUGACCAAUUGUCCGAGACAAUAUAUUUUAACGUGUGCAUUUAUGUGUGAACCAUUAAAUGAUCC